AUGGAUGAGCCAGCGUGCAAAAAGUUGAAAGUUGAUUCUGCACCUUGCGCAGACUUUGAAUCUGGAGAUGGUCUUGAUGGACUCAGUGAACUCGAAAAAUUAGAGCCUUUACCGCAGUCCGGACACAUUGGUGGCGAUGUACCGGUUCGUUAUGGUUUUUCAAAGGUUGUUUAUUCAAUUUAUUGAUU